GAAAAGUAUUACGAAUGAGGAAACAAACAAACAAAAAAAGAAAUCAGAAAUGUCAAUAUUCCAUUAUUAUUCAUAAGUCGAUCCUCACUUGACGGGUAAUUUCUCAAGAAUCAGGGCAUUACUCACACCCAAUUGAGAGCUCAGUUUCUUAAUUAGUACAUCGCAAGUUGGCUGUUUUGCUAUGAGGGCGCACUUGGAGCAAAUAAAAGACUAAUUAACACCAUGUCGAAAUUGGGAGAGAAAAAUCUCUUUGCUUUUGCCUUGCACACACUUCAUUCACAGAACUGACUCUCAAACUUUCACUAAAACCUCUUUUAUUCCCAUUAAUUAUGUUACCAAAAUACCAGGCUGAAAUACUCUUUUUAUUAUCAGAAAGUUGUUAGAUAUCUCUGUGGUUUUUAUUGGGAUGCUUGGAUGAAGGGAACCAGUUUUCUUUUGAUAUUUUCUCCUCCCAAAACCAUUUCCUAUGGCCAAACUCAGUUGUGAUCAACACUCGCAAUAAAACCAACCUUAUUAUUUUAUAUUGUUAUCCUUGAAAUCAAAGAAUCCACAGUGAUGACCACUUAUGAAACUGGCUAUCAGGCUUUGGGAUCCUUUCCUGAAGAUGAUAACGAUGAUGAAUCAUCGCCAGCAAUCCAGAUCUUACCUGAAGGAGGUGGCAACUCAUGGAACCAUAUCCAAAAUUUGGAUGACUUCUUCACAAGAAUUUAUAACUAUCAUCAAAAAAAUGGUUAUAAAUGUAUGGUAUUGGAUAGCUUUUUACAGCUUCUAUCUAUCUUCAUACUUGGGAGCUUGUUACUCUGUCUGCAUUUUGUCAACUAUCAAUUAUUGUUUAAUUAUCAACACACUGGACCAAAGUUAACCAUUCCUGAUCUGAUGAUAUCAUUUCAUCUUUGGUCCUCAUACUUCAACUUUUGGCUGGUAGCAUUGGUAAUUCUCUUUGUUAUAGUCUUUUUGGCUAAUGUUUUCAAAUUUUUAUAUAACAUCCUCAAAUCUUUGGAAACAAGGCGGUUCUUUAUUGAAGCUCUCAAAAUUCCUUCUGCUGAGCUAGGUAAUUAUACUUGGCAUGAUGUUCUUUGUCGGCUUCUAGAAGUUCAGAAAGAGCAGCAAAUGUGCAUCCAUAAACAGGAGUUGACUGAGCUCGACAUCUAUCAUAGAAUUUUGAGAUUCAAAAACUACAUGAUAGCAAUGAUCAAUAAAUCACUGUUGCCUCUCAGAUUCCGACUUCCGUUUGUUGGAGAGUGUGUAUUUUUGAGUACUGCUCUAAAGACAAAUAUUGAAAUCAUAUUAUUCUACAGUCCUUGGGCACCAUUUGACCAUUGGCACCUUAAAAGUGAAUAUAAAAAUAUCCAUAAACGAAAAGACUUAGCCAAAAGACUCAGUCGUCAGAUCUUAUGGAUGGCCAUUGGUAACUUUGUCCUAUGUCCAAUCAUAUUUGGACUACAGAUUAUGUACACCUUUUUUAGAUACACAGAGCUGGUGAAGCGGGACCCUGGUCAGUUGGGACUACGAAGAUGGUCUAAUUAUGCUCGGUUGUAUUUGCGUCAUUUUAAUGAAUUAGAUCAUGAAUUCCAAGUUCGGUUGAGCCGAGGAUAUAAGCCUGCUGUUGCUUACAUGAGUAUCUUCACUUCACCCAUGUUUGUAUUGUUUGCAAAGUAUGGUUCUCUGUUGUGUGGUGCCUUUUUUGCGGUUCUCUUUGCUCUUACUCUCUGUGAUUCAGAUAUUUUAGAUGUUGAAUAUGUACUUGGUUUGUUAACGUUUUUUGGUUUUCUCACUGCCACCUUACACAGCAUGAUUCCACCUGAGCAUGAAGUAUACAACCCAGAAGUGUUGAUGCGAGCCAUUCUUAGUCAGAUCCAUUAUAUGCCAGACAAUUGGAAAUGUAAUGCUCAUACCAACUGGGUCAGAGACGAAUUUGCUCAGUUGUUCCAGUACCGAUUUGUUUAUCUUAUUGAAGAACUUCUCAGCCCGAUUGUUACUCCCAUCAUCUUGUUUUUCUGGAUACGACCAAAAUCUCUUGAAAUUGUUGACUUUAUGCGUAACUUCACUGUUGAUGUUGUUGGUGUUGGUGAUGUCUGUUCAUUUGCUCAAAUGGAUGUCAAGAAACAUGGAAACACUCAGUUAUUGAAUACUGUCAAGAAAGUAGAAAGGACUCACUACCAACAAGCUGAAGAUUCAAAGACAGAGCUGUCUCUCAUUCAUUUCAGGAUGACAAAUCCUGGCUGGAAAAUUCCAGAGAAUGGUAAUUCCUUUUUGACAGGCUUCAGAGAGCAAGCGAUACGUGAUAUUGCCUCCCUGAGCAUGACGCCUCUAGAUAAUCCACCUUUGAAUCCAUUCCAUUAUUUAGCCGGCACUGGUAUUAGUAAAGACAGUGUUUUAGGAGGACUAGGCUAUUAUUCCAGUUUUGGACUAAACAGUAUUCCAUCUGGACAACCAGGACAGUCACUCGAUCCUCUUCCUGGACAAGGAACUGGCCCCCAAUUAGCCUUUCCUCCUGGCUCACAGUCUGGUUAUUCCCCUGGUCCACAGUCUGGAUUUCCCCCUGGUCCACAGUCUGGAUUUUCCCCUGGUCCACAGUCUGGAUUUUCCCCUGGUCCUCAUGCUGGGUUUUCUCCUGGUCUGCAAUCUGGCUUUUCUCUUGGACCUCUGUCUGGAUUUUCACCUGGACUUCAACCUGCCCUUUCAGUUGGUUAUCCAAGCCAUUUAGGAAAUGCAAGUUUAUCAAUUAAUUCUCUACGAGCCCGAGUAAAAGGGGCUGUUGCAAGUUGUGAGGGUCCCCUUUUCCCAUGGUCAAGUAAUGUGACAGGUUUCGCAAGCUCAGGAGUUAAUUCUGACACAUCAGUGGUACCUCAUCUGCAAACAAACGGAUUGGAGCAGGGCCUGGAAGUGGCUUCAGUGGAGAUGGGGCUAAGUGCCCUGUACAUUCAUGAUUUGAACCAUCGACAAAGUAUUAGAGGAAUUGAUAAUGUUGAUGAAGCACAGUCUCGCAGAAUAUGGCAGUCGUCACCAGAAGAGAUGCGAGCAUUUAUGACUGACCAAGAAAUAAAUAAGCAGAAUGAAGAAAUUUCUAAACAGAACAGUCAAAGCAAACCACUCUAGCAAGAAAUGUGUGUAAUAACUACUUUGCUCCAUACACAGCUAUGCAUAUUCUGAAUACUGUCUGGCAAUAUUUACUUCCUAUUUGAAACUGUUGAUAGCUUGCUAUCGUGAUAAAUGCUCUUUGAAUCAUCUCAUGCUAUCUUGAAAGAAAAACUUGUUAAUUUUUUCCUCUCCCUAUGGCAUAGGAUCUGUGCGUACAUUAUAACUGUUUUUAUAACUUUAUAACUGUACAUUAUUAAAACAUGAUUCUGACAGUGACGUCCUUAAUUCGGAUCCUAUAUCUACGAUUUUAUAUAUUUUUUUUUAUUUGUUAGAAACAGUUUGAAGAAGGGGAAAAAAAAAAGAACAGAGAAAAAAACUGUACAAAUAUAAUAUUAAUUGAUCAAAGCGUAAAUUUGUUAAUUUUGAAAUUGUUUUUUUUUAUUUAUUGUUUGCUUUUAAUUUAUGCUAUGUUAACGUAUGUUAAUUUAUGCUAUGUUAACGUAUGUUAAUUUAUGCUAUGUUAACAUAUGUUAAUUUGUGCUAUGUUAACAUAUGCUAAUUUGUGCUAUGUUAACACCAUAUUGUUCAGAAACUGACACAAACAUUCACUGGCUGAUUUGUAUAUUUAUUGAAAUAUUAUGUAAACUUCAAAUUAUGUGUGUUUGUGUGUAUGUGCAUGUGCUUUUGUGUGUGUGUGUGUGUGUGUACAUAUUUAUUUAAAAACGGUGACAGUGUCUUCAAAGUUUUGCCAAAAUUGAUUUAAAAUAGAUUUAGUGAAACUUCAAAGUCACUAUCAAUGUUUUUUUACAAUAAAUAUUUAAUUC